CAGGGGUGGACUGACCAUUCCUGCACUCGGGCACUGCCCGAGGGCCCGGGGUCAGUAGGGGGCCCCAUGAGAUGCCCCUAGUACCUUUCAUAGGCUUUUUUGGUGUGGGUGGGGACACAGAGGCCCCAUGAUCCCCUAUUGCCCGGGGGCCCCAUGAGUUGUCAGUCCACCCCUGGAAGUGACUAUUACACUGAUUCUCCGCUUUCACAGUGGUCCCACAGGUAUGGCAUAUGUAUACUUGCAGGCCCGGGGUCAGUAGGGGGCCCCAUGAGAUGCCCCUGGUACCUUUUCCAUAGGCUUUUUUGAGUUUGGGCAAGGACACAGGGGCCCCAUGAUCCCCUAUUGCCCGGGGGCCCCAU